AGGGACUGGUGGGCGUGGAUUCAAGCCUGCCAUGGAUAUAGACAAACUGAUAAAGAUUUUUUAUUAUUUUGGGAUUUGGUCCAGUCUACGUUUAACUUCCGGAUUUCAGGUACAUUUUAACACGUUCUUCACAAGGCAACUGUGUACUCACCGUCGUUUGUUACCCAGUUGUGUACCCUGACUACAUGUCACCCGGGAUGAACUCCCAAAAAUGCUCCCCACCCCCCCCCACACACACACACAUCUAUUACAUAGUAUUAUAAUAACAAAAUAGAAAGUGCCGCCCCCUUCCCACACUCUAGGUAUGGUCCAUGUUUCAAAGUCACACCCUUAGGUGAGAAACUGGUCCAUGUUUCAGUCACACUAUUAGGAAAGAAACUAGUCCAUGUUUCAGUCACACACCUAGGUAAGAAACUGGUCCAUGUUUCAAAGUCACACCCCUAGGUAAGAAACUGGUCCAUGUUUCAAAGUUACACCCCUAUAGUAAGAAACUGGUCCAUGUUUCAAAGUCACACUACUAGGUAAGAAAUUGGUCCAUGUUUCAGUCACACCUCUAGGUAAGAAACUGGUCCGUGUUUAAAAGUCACACCCUGUCACAUAUGAGAUGGUAUUGUUAGGUAUGAUCCGUACUUAUAGUCAUGUACCAAGUGGUACAUCUCUAUGAUGGUUCACUAGUCCAGGCGUUGAGAAGUACAACGAACAAAUCACAGAACACUAACGAAUGAUCGAGCAACUCCUCAGCAACAGUUAUAGAUAAGAGAUGUAUUGAUGAAUAUAUUACAAAUUCAUUAAAGUUUCUUUCAUAAGUCCAACACUUUACUAACUGGUUCUAUCCUUGAACACGUCUAAGUAACGCUGCAUCUAGCACUUCAUAAUGACCGUCCACGAAUCUCUAACCCUCCUUAUGUCACAAAGAGUUCUAUCUUACAUACCAUUCUCUACCCCCUUAUAGGUGGUCCAGGAAGGCUAGCUAUUAACCCUCUCACUACCCUCUCAUUUCCGGUCAAUUAAGUACUUCCGUCGUUAACACCAAAUUAUCAUGCGAGGUCUGGAAGGCCCGAGACAUAAUAUUUUGGAAAGAAACAUCCCCCCAAUCUAAAAGAUGCGAGAAUCUAUUAACCGUACCCCAUGCGCCUAACGAUCCCCCCCCCCCCAAAUCGCAUCAAUUUCCGUCAACCCUAUACAUUUUCUGAAGAACAAUGAAGCUCUGUUGUUACCCCCCGACCCAGUCAUUUGUGACACACCACUUGGCACGAAACUGGUCCGUGUUUGAAACAAAGUUCAUCCUGUUUUGAGACUUAAAAUUAAAAUAUUCUUAACUAUGUAUGUAAUUAUCAAAUAUAAAUGUGAUGUUGCCAGGGAUGUAAGACUUGAAAUUUUAUCAUCUUACCAAAGAGAGAUCACGUGACAAUGUUACUAGAGUAGCCCUCAUUGGUGUAUUUUUAGCCACCACUCCGAAAUUGACCUAAAUUUGUACCGCAGUCAAUGUUAUUUGAAGUCUAUGCUGACUGAUACUGAGUUAAUCUUUACAUUACACGACAGAUCAGCCCAAUGUACGUCCCGAUGGAAGGAGGAACUCGACUAACUCUGUAUGGAAAUUUUUGGAACAAUUUUACAGACAUCAACGUGACGAUAUGUGAUGACCCGUGCGGUAACGUCACGUACAAUCAAAGGUUUAUUGUAUAACAUAAGACAAUUUUAACAUUUCGAUUAUGUUACUCAAAAUUAUUUACAUUUAUGUGUAUAAAAAAUUCAUUAGGAGUAUAAAAAGUUGACUGGGAGUAUCAAAAAUGCAUUAGGCUUAUCAAAAAUUCAUUAGGAGUAUCAAAAAUUCAUUAGGACUUAUUCAUUUGAAGCUUCUUAAUGCUUAGUGUUUUUAAAUCGUUUGUUUUUUAAUGUUCAUUUGAAAUUAAACUGUAUUUCUGUCAGUCUCAGUUGUAUUAUGUUUGUCUUCCAAAUAGUGAAUCUCCUUCUCAUCAAAGCAGCAUUAUCUGUACAGUGAGACUUUUAAACGCCACAAACAAUGCUAAGUCGUGUGAGGUCACAUUGAGCUGGUCAACAUCACAGGAUAAUGACAACGUGACCACGUCAUUUCAACAUGAAACAGGAGAUCAAAAAUUGAUAUUUCUGGUAAACCUUUCAAUAACGUAUAUCAGAAUGUCUUUUUUUUUAAAUUCCCCAACUUAACACCCUAGUCGCUAAAGCUAUUGACACCCGGGAAUGUCAAUGACGCAAAGCUCCUCACGAAAACCACAAAUUAACAAACAUAAGAUGACAUUUCCGCUCUCACAUAAGUACCGGAUCACUUUCUCAAUCACCUUGGAUCUACGCAUCUGAAUAAACUGGAACGAAGCCAUAUCCACAUGGUAUGAAUGAAGGCUUAACCGAGUGCUUACCCGGAUACCCGGAAAUGCAGAGUCUUAGCCCACCAGCACUUAUCCGGACGCAAACAAAAUGGAACCGGAUCCUGGUGUAAAAAAAACAAAAAAUUGUCUUCAAAUAUUCUAUGAUGCGUUCAACCCAAUGGGGGCAAAAUGAAAAAUGAAUGUAUACAAGAGUUCAUCUUUUUUUUAAAUAUACAGUCGAACCCACUCGACCUCGGUUAACUCGACCACCCUGUUAUUUAGACGUUUUGGAAGUGGAACCGCCAAAUUCUCUCGUUGUCUUAGCAUUUUCUUCUCGGUUAUGUCGAUUCUUUUAUGUCGCCGAACCCUGAUAUCUCGAGCACAAAAGGAUGUCAAAUUCGCAACUUAACCUCGGUUAUCUUGAUCCCCGUGACCAAUCGCCGGCUUUUGAAAAUUAUAUACAGCAGAAACGGGUCUACUUCAAAUGGAAGUAAUUAAAAUGAAAGAACAAUAUCGUUGUCCGCGCACUCAACUUGACACAGCAAGAAGUGAGGAGUGAGAGUCUUGCAAACAAAAGAGAGAGGUCGUAGUAACUGCUCUAUAUAGCGAGGGUGCUGGUCGCUAAUAGGGUGUCACGCGUCCUCACAAGUUGAUUUUUUAAAAACCCAGAAUCCGUAUUUAAAUAAACUGAACUGGCGAAUCCGUAGCGAGAGAAAAUAAAAACUCGCGAAUCCGGAGCUGAAAAAUAUUUAGCCGCACGAAUCCGGAAUUCCGGGAUAAACCGGAAAAGUGCCCCCCCCCCCCCCCCCCCCCCCCUGUGUUGUUAGUAAACAUGUAUGUACAUUUGUAUAGCAUGCCGACCUCUUUAUCUAACAAAUCGGGGUAACGCUGUUGUGUAAUAAAAAAAAAACCAAAACACGUACAUGUACAUUCUUAUUUAUAAACGCACAUCGUGUACAUAAAGAAAUUUCAAGAACAUGUUAAUAUAUUGCCGCUAUUUUGGUUUUCGUUUAUCUCGAUCAUCGGUUAUCUCCACGCUUUUGGCAAACCCCGAGGCCGUGCAUCGACAUACCGGGUUUGACUGUAAUUGUACAUUUUAUUCGAAUUAAAUUUUAAAAAACAAUAGAAAACUGAAAAGUGAUUUGUGCGAAACUAAAAGAAACUGCACAACUCUGAAAAUAUUUUGAACUCCUUGCGAAAUUAGUGUAACUAUUGUUUUAGUUAGUUCCAUACAUUUAAUUACCAGCAGGGCACAUUCUAUUCACAGUGAAUAGUUUAUCUCACAAGAUGACUGCCUAAUGUUGCAGAGUUGUCAGUGAGUGAGUGAGUGAGUGAGUGUGUGCGCGUGUGGGCGUGACUGUGUUUGAGGGGUAUAUGUGUGUUUGUGUGUGAGGGAGGGUUAUCGGGGGUGUGGGUGGGUAUAUGUUUGGGCGUGUGGGUGUGUGGGCGAGUAUGGGCGUGUGUGGGCCUUUGUUUGUGCAUGGGUGUGUUGGUGUGAGUGAGUGAGUGAGUGAGUGAGUAUGUGAGUGAGUGAGUCAUUGAUUGGGUGAGUUUUUAUGUAGGUGUGUGUGUAUGUGUGCAUUUUUAAGCGUGGUUGUGUAUCAAUUAUAAGUUCUGUCACGGACGUCAAUGAUCCUAAUGUGUAGCACACAUUUAAUAAGGGUAGCAAGUGGUUUAAAGUUUAAAUGAAGUAAGGUUAGGAUGGUAUCACCAAAUGAUAUAAAUAUUGAUUAAAAUAAAACAUUCGUAUCAGAAAAACGAACAUUGAUCACCACCAACGACAAGCAACUCUAAACGAUCCACUUGUUGAUGGGUUAUGGCAGCGGUUCUCAACCUGUGGCUCGGCUCACGAAACUCUCGGGUUUCAAUCUAACAAAUGGCCCGGGGUAGCUUGAGAAUUUUAGAAAUGAGUAGGGUUGUGUGCGUGUGUCUUAUAUGUGUAUCUUUUAUUAUUUUUAAAUUAAUUUAUUAUGAUCGGAUUAGUUUCUUAAUGUUAUUACACAACUUGCUACAUAAUCGUUUUAUUAUUUUUCAAUUCGAUUCAGUUGGUAGCUGUCAAUAGCUUAAUAUUUUUUUGAAUUGUUUUUCACAUAUGUUUUUAAAAGUACAUUAUAAUUGCAACAGUAAAUUACGAGCCUAACUCGUCUGUGUUAUGUGUAACAGCUCAUCUCUAUUCCUCAUUAUACAUUCUUUUUAUACCUCACAUCACAUGAUCACUCACUCCACUUUUCCAACCAAAAUUUACACUUUUAACUUUUAACAUUCGUGAAAACAACUCGCCAUGUCCAGUCAUACAACAUGACAACAACAUGGGCCAAUCAGGUCACAAAGUUCACUCAUUACACGCAACAAUAAUUGUCAGUUUCUGAGUAUUUCACAUACCUGGGAUCAAAUAUUUCUAGUUCUCUCUCCGUUGAUGAAAAGAUAAAUAACAGGAUCGCCAAAGCAGCAGCAACUGUGGUUAAACUGAAUAAGCAGGUGUGGAAUAAUGUCAAUCUAACUGGUAAAACAAAAAUAAGUGUAUAUCAGUCAUGUGUGCUUAGUGCGCUCCUAUAUGGCAGCGAUGUAUAAAUAACAUAUUCCCGUCAGGAGUUAAAACUCAAAAGCUUCCAUCAAAGAUGUCUGCGUCGCAUUUUACGCAUUCGAUGGCAGGAUAAGGUGCCUAACACGGAGGUCUUGGAACAAGCACACACGUUUAGCAGAUUCUCCGCUCUUAACAAGAGGCGUCUACGCUGGUUAGGUCAUGUAAGGAGAAUGAUGGAGGAAGGCCGUAACACAAAAAUACUGCUGUAUGGAGAGUUGACAGAAUGGACAAGACUUAUUGGACUGCCACGCCUGAGAUUUAUGGAUGUUUGCAAAAGGAGCAUGGAGGAAGCCAAUAUUGAAAACAACGAAUGGAACCUCAUUGCCGAACAACGUUCCAGCUGUCGAACAGCAGAGUCAAUAUUCUCCUGCGAGAAAUGCAGACGAAAUUGUCAUUCUAGAAUUGGCCUAGUGAGCCACUCGUCGAAGUAUAUGACUACAUAGCUACUCCAUCGUCUUGCGAAGACUGAAAGAUGUCAUAUAUAUAAAAUCGUCAGUCAUGCAUACUAUCGCAAUAAUAUAAUUUAUUUGCUUUUUUGUUUAUUUUUUUAAAAAAUGUAAAUUCAAAAGCUAGAAGCGUGUGCUAAAAACUAUUACAAGGAGUAAGAUUGAUACAAAAUGUUCUGGGGAUUAACUGGUGAAAGGGCGUUUAUUCUAAAACGUAGGUGGAUGACUCACGUGAGUUUUCACCUGCUCGUGAUUUGGGUUUUAUUUUUUAUUAAAUUCACACAUCAAGGUACAUAAUUUCAAUCAUAUUCACUAACAUGCAAUUUAAAAAAGCUUUAUGAAAAUUCAUAAAAUGAUAUGAAUGUAUUUAUUUACGUGGUAUUAACAGCACUUAAUUUAAAUUUUAAAAGUUAAGGAAAUUAAAUUCAUUAUAUAUUAUGAGGGCUUAAAUCUGCUUUGCAUAUCAAUUACAAUUAGAUUACGUGGAGUAUGGAUAUUGGCCCACCGCAAUGCCUAACGAUAAUCAUUUACAUUCAUUGCGCUUUGUAAUAAAAUUGGAUACGAUUAGACCGUUUACAAAUUACCUUCUCAAUCUAUAUAUAUAAUUCGCCAGCAAAGGUCAAACAAGACGGGUCAAACACCACGCAGGCUAUUUAUAAAUACGAUGAGUGUGGUUCAAUAAUGAGUUCACUAGCGCGUACAAUAUAAUUUCCGAUAACUACGCUAAAUGAUAUAAUGAUAUAUAUAUAUAUAUAUAUAUAUAUAUAUAUAUAUAUUUAUUUAUUUAAUAACGCAAUUGCGUUUGGUGCGUACAAUUUUCGUUUCGGAAAUGAAAUCGUCUCAAUUUAAGUAUUACAAACACCACGCAGGCUAUAUAUAAAUACGAUGAGUGUGGUUCUAUAAUGAGUUCACUAGCGCGUACAAUAUAAUUUCCGAUAUAUACGCUAAAUGAUAUAAUGAUAUAUAUAUAUAUAUAUAUAUAUAUAUAUAUAUAUAUAUAUAUUUAUUUAUUUAAUAACGCAAUUGCGUUUGGUGCGUACAAUUUUCGUUUCGGAAAUGAAAUCGUCUCAAUUUAAGUAUUGUGCAAAAAAUAUCCGGUUUAAAAGUGGUUUGGACAUGAGAAUAUUAAUACAGUUCAUGGGCGUGAAAUAAAAAUUGUGCAGUGACGUCUCAUGGGGGAAGGGGUGUAGCAAAUAUUGGGAUUCUUAAAUGUGCGUUACUUGAGUUCAUGUUUUGUCAAGUAACUUUACUAGAUGGGAAGUUCAGGCAUGGCUGUCGCCAAUGUUUGGCGGGCUAUAUCUAGUAUAACAUAAUUGAUGAUCUGGCUUGAUCGAUCUAUGUACGAGGUCACUUAAUGAACUUUAAUGUUGUUAGUGAUUCCUCCAGUCCCCUCAUUCGUGGCGUCUCGGCGCGGGAACGAAAGUGGACGUCAUGGCAGUGCUUUGUUGAAUAGACCUUCCAGGUGUUUGUUGUGGGCUGUGAACUUCCCAGCGGUGUGUCGUGGGUAAGGUGGUUUACCUCCGGGUGUAUAGCACUGGGCUCAGUCCUCGUUAGUGUUCUUAAUACAUCACUAUAUUGGGAUCUUAAUGCCCACAUUGAUUUAAUCACAUUGGACAUGGACCGGCCGUAACAAACAGCUACCAGCUCAGUCCUUCUAUAAAUGACACGAAGCUCAAUUAACGUAGACCAUCUCUUGUGUCCUAAAAUAUAUUGUGUCCUUAUUUAUCAAACCGGUUAAUGUUACAAACUUGUUUCUUUCUGCCAGCUUCAAAUCGGGUAGGAACAAUGGGAUUUUAAAGAUACUUUAACCCUUAUUGUUGUGAAUUUAAGGCAGAAUGUUCUUUAUUUUAAACUAUAAACAAAUGUUUACUGCACUAUUUGUUUUAUGUCGCAAAAUAAUUUUUACUGAAUUUAUUUACAUUUUCAUGUAAACAAAAAGAGUUUUUGUUAAUGUUUUUUUUUAUCUUUUCAUUUCAAAGUUGUAUGUUUUCGCUUAUUCACAGUCACCGAUGGCUCAAUUCUUUCAACCAGAUUUUGGACCUCUGUUUGGUGGCACUUUACUAGAAGUCAAAGGUCAGCAUCUUAACAUCGGCAGCAGAUCCAGAAUUAUUGUCGCGGGAAACGAAUGUGACAUUAUUGUUGAUAAAUUUGCCAACAAUGGGUUUGUAAAAUAUUUGACAAAUUAAGAUUUAACAAAAGUAACAUACAUUAAAUAAUUUAAUGUUUUAAUUAUAGAUGUUUUGUUUUUUACAUUUUUAAAUAACCAAUGUUUUAUUUAUACCAUAUAUGAUAUCUUUUUACAUUUCUAAAUAUUCAAUGUUUUUAACUUUUAUAGCUGUUCAUCGUUUCCAAAGUUUACGUUCUUCCUAUGUAUCCACAGAAGCAUAAAGUGCUCUACAAGAAAGAACAACAAAGCUGCCUGUGGUCAUGUAGAAAUAUACAUUGAUCAUUUCCACCAGAAGUUGACCAACGCAAACUUCUGCUACAAACCUGAUCCUCUCAUAACUAAAAUUCAUCCACUGGCUUCUAUUCAAAGGUGAAUAAUCUCUGAAAAAAUACCUUGUCUUAAAAGUACCUUGUAUCAAAAAUACCUUGUCUUAAAAAUACAUCGUCUCACAAAUAUUUUGUCUUUAAAAGGGAUUUUCUUUUAAUGUGAGUUAUUAAAGAUUUAAAAAAUUUCAUGUUCGGUAAAAAUGUGCAACAUGACAUUUGCCUCAAUGGAAAGGCAAAGCAUGCUCGUGGAUUUCAACUGUGACUUAAUUAUUAUUACUAUUUUAAUGUAUGUGUUCUGUUAUGUAGAUUAAUGUUCGGGAUUAGCAGUGGCGUAGCUAUGAUUAGUGACGACCAAGGUGGGGCAAAACUCUGAAUUUGUCCGAAACUGCCGACCCUUCAUUUCCCCCUUUUUUUUAGUAAAAAUAAAUGAUUUUUUUUUUAAAUGCUCCACCCCCCCAAACCGGCUGAAGUCCCCCCCCUCUGCCCCACCUAUCUACGUCACUGGAGAUUACCGGUUGUUGACAUUUGAGAGGAAAAAUAACUGUAGAUAAAUCCACUAAUAAAUGAUAAUGAAUGUAAAUGAUAAUGAAUGUAAAUAAUAAUAAUAAUAAUAAUAAUAAAGUUCAUUUCCAAAACACGCUUCAUCCCCAAAGGCUCGAAGCGCGGUACAAAGUCAACAAAAAACAUAUCUAUAAUUUACCACAUUUAAAACAAACGCAACACUACAAAAACUAAUUACAAGCAUACAAUCUCAAAGUCUUUCUAGCCAUUUCAACCCGAGCAACACAGCCAUUAUGCAUUAACUGUAAUACACAGCACAACGAUUUAUGGUAAACAUUUUUAAAAAACAUGAUGAUUCUUACCCAUGCAUUAUGUUGUAUUUAAAAAAAAUAUCUAUGUCAUAACUCUUCGUAUGGUUUGCUCUAGCGGUGGUACAACAGUGACGCUAUCAGGAACAAACCUUGACAGCAUCGCAUCUUCCCAACUUGCAAUCAUUUUUAACUACACCAAUAUGAACGGCAAUGACGUAAGCUUUUUAAAAUAAUUAUAUAUUUUUAAAAUACAUGAAAAUCAUCGGUGGAUAUAAUCCCUAUGGCAUUCAUCUUCUGGUUAUACCCCAUGAUAUUCAUCGUUAUGUAAAAUUCCCAUGUCAUUUAUUGUUGAAUAUGAUACCCAUGUCAUUCAUUUUUUAUAGGAUCUCCGUGACAUUCAUCAUUUGAUAGGAUCCCCAUGCCAUUCAUCAUUUGAUAGGAUCCCCGUGCCAUUCAUCAUUUGAUAGGAUCCCGUGCCAUUCAUCAUUUGAUAGGAUCCCCGUUCCAUUCAUCAUUUGAUAGGAUCCCCGUGACAUUCAUCAUUUGAUAGGAUCCCUAGGACAUUCAAAAUUUGAUAGGAUCCCCGUGAUAUUCAUCAUUUUAUAGGAUCCCCGUGACAUUCAUUAUUUGAUAUGAUUACCAUGCCAUUCAUCAUUUGAUAGGAUCCCUAGGACAUUCAAAAUUUGAUAGGAUCCCCGUGACAUUCAUCAUUUGAAAGAAUCCCUAUGCCAUUCAUCAUUUGAUAGGAUCCCAAUGAUAUUCAUCAUUUGAUUGGACCUCCAUGCCAUUCAUCAUUUUAUAGGAUCACCUGUCCAUUCAUCUUUUGAUAGGAUCCCCAUGAUAUUCAUAAUUUGAUAGGAUCCCCAUGCUAUUCAUCAUUUGAUAGGAUCCCCAUACUAUUCAUCAUUUGAUAGGAUCCCUAUGAUAUUCAUCGUUGGAUGGGAUCCCUGUGAUAUUCAUUGUUAAGUAGGAUCCAUGACAGAACCUGAUCACUUUCUUUGGGAACGAUUCUUACCCGAUGUGUUAAAAAAAAACCAUACCAGUUUCUAGAAAGUGUGUUAAAUAUUUUACAGUGGAAGUAGCCAUUAAGAAAAAUUUUGAUAUUUUUAUUAUUAUUUUUUGAUACACUAAAAAUAAACCGCAGAAUUAACUUGAAGGGUUAAAUAAAUAAUAAUACAGUGUCAUCUUAAUGGGGUGCUAAGAUGGCGUCGUUUGUCCUGUGUAUUUUUAACAUUAGGUUGUAGGAAAAGAUUUACUAAAGAAUGGACAACAACGUAUCCUAUAGUGGUACGUCAGCAAAACGUUCUCUAUAGAGAAAUAUACUUUUUAUUCAAGAAGAUUAAAAUUUAAUGCACAAGAAAUUGAAUUACGCGAUAAUUUUAGACUCCAAAAGACUGCAUCAAACUGAAUCCACUGAAAGUUAAACUUUCUAAAAUGAGAUAGAAUGAAAAGUAGAGGAACAAAGACAUUGAUAAUGAUAUAUUCAUAUAAGAAAAUAAUGACUUCUUAAAUAAGAAUUAUUAGAAAAUCACAACGAUAUAACGAAGUCUGUGGAGUGUUUCUGGCAUCCAUCCGUCCAAAUGUGACGCUGUUGAAGACUGCGCAGGACGAAAUACACAAGGCCUUUGAUUAUUCUUCUAGGAUUAUAAGCUAGUUCCCAACAGCAAAUCGUCUCUCUCCACGCGCUGGAUAACCCAAGGGAACAUCAUGUGGAUGAUACAGCUUGGCACCAGUGGCGUCGCAUGAGUUGUCAGAAUGUUUCAUUAUAUCAAUGUUAUCCGCCUACGGACACCAUCUCCGGGUUUAAAUUCAGAGUGUCCUUCUCUUAGAUGAGGUUUACGAGUCCCAUCGACCCGGGUUGCUGGUGACGUUUUUGCUUGACUGGGUUUUGGCUGGAAAUUUUGCUCAUGGACUGUUUCGCGUGCUUGCAUUUAAUAAAAUAUCAAAUAACCGGUCUAUGCAAACACAGGCGCAUCACGAUCCUGACAAAUCAGCUUUUAACUACGAUUGAAAGUAGUCAAGACCUUCUUAUUUGUGUUAGCUUCAUCUAUUGCGAAUGUUCCUUUCAUUCUGUCUCGGUUUGUGGUAGAAUCUCCGGACGGCUCCUUGACAAAUUUCCCAUCAAACUAUCAAGCUGAAACUUGGCAAAUACACUCGUUGUCGAUGACAACAGAUUCGAUCAAAUUUUCUUCCUCACCUUCCUCCACCCCAACCCAAAAAAAAAACAGUUUCUCCUGUAAUUCAAGUGGAAGAUAAAGGAAAUAUGAUGACACUGAUUUCAUGAAAUAAAAUUCCAUAUAACAGCGCUAAAUAACAUUCAUAUUUAUUUAUUUAAUUUUUUUUAAUAUCGAAAGUGCCUUUCGGUGCAUAAUAUUUUCUUUUAUCUCUCUGAAAUAGUUGGGGAAAUAAAUCUGAGGAUGGUGCAUGAGAAUAUUUAUAUAAAAUGAAUAAUUUUUUACAUGAAUAUAAACGAUUUAUACUGAAAACCUUGUUUUUGGAGGCUGUUUAAUUAGCUGCAAAAUUUGAUAAUGAAACCGUGUUCCGACCUAUAGGACAGUAACAUGGCCAGAGACGCAAUACAAGUAGUGGUGUAAUACAAUGAUUAUGAAAGGUAGCGAGGAUCGUGACAAUAAAACAUACCGUUUGUAUGUGUUUGUAACAGUUGUAUUCAAAAUUUAACAAUUGAAAAGCGCAGAGAUUUCAAAUAUAGGACUAAAGAAUUUCAGGACGAUUGAUACAUGGAAAAAGUUGUAACAAUAUUUUUUUUAAAAUCUAAUCCCCAUAAUCUUAACUCCCUCAAAUAUCCUCUCAUUUCUAUACUCUCAUUUCCACUAUCUUAUUCCCAUACUCUCAUUCCCAUACUAUCAUUCCCAUACUCUUAUUCCUAUACUGUCAUUCCUAUACUCCCAUUUACAUACUCUCAUUCCCAUACUAUCAUUCCUAUACUCUCAUUCUUAUACUCUCUUUGUUAUAUAACAUUUACACACUCAAAUUGCCAUAAACGUCCUACCUGUACACUGUGAACCUUAUAAAACACAAUGUGUUUUACAUGUAUUAUUGCUACUCGAUAAUAAAAUUGCCUACUUUUAAUCAUAUGAUUUGACAUACGUAUCUAAAAUAUAAAAAUCUAAGUCUAAGAUGUUUUAUAAAAUGGUCUAUCCGUUCAUGUCUUCCUUCAUCUAAUCCUGCAGGCUGAACAAGGCAACUGUAGCUAUCAAUACAAUACAGCAGACAUUCUUUGCUGGACUCCAAAAGUUCACAGCUUUACAGAACAUCAUUUUAAAAACUACACUGUCAUUGAGACGGACCUUGAAAUAAGAAUGAACUCUAAGAAAAUUAUCAUCGGGGACGAAAUACCAAAGAGAAUACGUAUUUUUCGUGAUCCGCAUUUUGACACAAUAUCUUCAAAAAACAGUAUGCUCUCUAAAAGCACUCCAACUCUUUCGUUGAAGGUAAUUCAGUAGUUUCUAUUUCUUCUUCUGUCAGUUUUAAAGGAGUAAGAGUUGAGGGGGAUGUGUAAGGCCUGCUGAAGGUUCAUGUUGUGUACUUUUAGCACAAUCGAUCCACUGAUGUUAUGGUAUUCCCCUGGCACUUACACCGGAGCUCUUGUAAUAUUAGGCUUGCAACGCAGGAUGCUUGACAGGGAUUAUAAUCAGGUGGCAUAAGCAAUGUAAUUUGGUUUUGGGCUAUAAACUGGUUGAUUGGGAUGGCAUCAAAUCAUGUGUCUUAUUUUCUGAAUUAGGCACACUUAGUUUUUGUUGUUUUUUUUUAAAUCUGCUCGCUUAUAAGAUCUCAUCUCGCAGGGGAAUAGGUCUUUCUUUUUUUUAUUCCUCAUCUGACCCGGGUGAAAAAGUUUUGCAAUAAAUAUAGCGUUAAUUAGCGUGACUUCGGUUAUUAAUAUCGUUCGCUACAGAAACCAACCAGCUAUAAAGAUGUCAAGCUAUUUCCCGUAUCAGAGAAUUUUUUUAUAUUCUUUUGUUGCUUUUUGUAUUAAUUUUCUUUUUAAAAUCUCAUUCCUCGUUGAUACAGACCCAAGGAAUGAAUUUUUUUAUCUCUGAAAAAUCUCAAAUAAGUAAACAUUGAUUGCAAUUAUUGAUUAUUUUAUAAAGCGCAAUGUUGGAUGAAAGGAAAUAGAACAAGCCCGGCAUUGUUUAUGCUUUAAAAUAGUUCUUACAUUUCCUGGUAGAAACUUACUAAUGGGAAUGUGUUUUUAGUGUCUAUGGUGUGUGUGUGUUUGUGGUAGGGGGGGGGGAGAGCUUAGCAGUAAGAGACAAUGGCAUUUGUGUAAUGGUGUGGGGGGGGUAGCAGUAAUAGACAAAGGCAUUUGUGUAAUAGUGUGUGGGGGGGGGGGGGGUACUUAGCAGUAAGAGACAAUGGCAUUUGUGUAAUGGUGUGGGGGGGUAGCAGUAAUAGACAAAGGCAUUUGUGUAAUAGUGUGUGGGGGGGGGGGAGGUUAGCAGUAUAGGCCUCCCGUAUAGCAUAUGCCUCAUCACAACGGUUCCUUUGCCUUGUAUCUCAAUUGUAUAUACUCAGACCAUUCCCACUUAACUUAUCAGUCCCUCGUUCUGAUCAUCUGGCUUGAUCAGUCACUAGUAGUAUGUAGAGGUGGCUUCUCCGAAUCUUCACUCCGUGGCUUUUUAGGUCUCAGUGUUUCUCAGGGCGUUCACAUAAGUGUUUAUGCAAAAAAUAAAUAUUACAUAAGUAGUUGGUGGGAUAUCGGUCAUAUUCAAGCAUUAUAAAUACUGAUUUAUUUACGUCACUGUUAUGAUAAAUUAAUCCCUAUUUGAUGUCUUCAUAAGUUAAGUAUAUUGUUUAAUGUCAUGACGGUUUUGAAUUAAUUUAAUAAAUAUAUAAUAUAGAUUGAAUAAUCAUUUCUUGUAACAACUAUUCUACCACAGGGUCGGGAUAUUCCCAAAGAUAUAAAUAAAGCAGACAUAAAAGUGAUGGUCGGAGGUCAGAGAUGUCCAGUCAUAAAAGUAGAAGUCGAUGUUCUUGAGUGUGAUGCACGAGAUGUCAUAGAACAAUUCAUACGUGAUGUAACUAACCAGACAAGUGUCACUCACGUCACAAACUCUACAGUCGGGACAACGACGCCGGAAAAUGUGACACCAUCAUUACAUCCAGUAGAUAUUUCAAGAUUUAAAGAAAAUGAAUCUGUGCCACCAUACCCAUCUUCCACAACAACGACCCCGUCACUAACACAACCCCCAACACAGCGAAGCUAUAUGGUGACCAUUGAGAUUGGAAACUAUAACAGAUCACUGGGGCAAGUGACGGUAUCACUGGAUGGAAGCGCCGCGGAAAAUUUUUACUUUAUAGCUGCCAUCGGAGCAGGGGCUUCUGGUUUCUUCAUCGUGCUGCUGUUAAUAGCUACAGUAAUGUUAUUGAUAAAACUGAAGAAAUCAAGACUGAAGAAAAAUCAAAUCAAUUCCAUUAGAGAUCUGGCAGAGGCACGCCUUGGUAAAGAUUUAAUCAGUUUCUUCUCUCAACGUGUUUUUUUGUUUAACAUUAAAAACUUCAGGGUCUAAUACUUUAGUGUUGAAUAUCCUUACUGCCAUCUUUUUUCCCUCUUUCACAAGUUGAGUGUAAACAUUAACGCUUGUGUUGUAUAAUUCAAUAGAAUCGAAUCCUACAGUAUCCGUAGUCCGAAGAGAUGACAACGCAAGUUUUUUAAGGUCUUGCAAUUUUGGGAAAUUUUAUUUUCAGAAACUAUGCCCUUAAGCCCAAGUAUUUUUUUUAUUGCGAUUAUAAACGAGAAACAUUUAAUUUAAACUGCAAUAAAAGUAUGUGGAGACUUAUUAAUUUGUUUAAAAUUUUUAAUGAUGUAAAA